UAACAGCUGACCGAAAAGAAGAAUGAAUAACAUACUAAAUUUACAGGCCUUUAUGCAACAUUUUUUUUAAUACUUGUAAUCGUUUCUGUGCAAAUGCUACUAAGGGAAUGGAUUUUUCAUCUCAAAAAGAUCUUCUUUUAAAAGAAUUCUUGGGAUCGGUGAAAGCUUGCCAGGCCAAGUAUGGUAGUAAACAAGAACUAGCUACUGAAGCAGACCCAAGAGUAUGCAGCGUGUGCUCCUCCGUUGAGCAGUUUCUCUGCCAUGGCAUCAAGCUCUCUAAUUCAACCGGUCCUUCUGACUCUUCAGUUAGUGCUAUAAGACAGGUGACUGAGUACGUUUCUUCUGGCCUUCAGUUGAGUUUUGGCAGCAGUUCUGACAGCAGUGCCUCCUUAUUGCCUCAUGCUGUGGCAUGGACUUUCAUCUCAUCACAGCUGACUGCUCACGAGGCAUCACGCUUCUUGCGGCUCCGCCAUGUAGCCUGCGCCACGGGCAGACUGCGAGCUUGGAUCAGAAGUGCUCUCAAUGAACACUCAAUGGAACGAUACCUCAGAAUCCUGCUGAGCAAUACACUCUCCUUGGAGAAGCACUACGAGCCCUGGGCGUUCCUCAGAGACUCGUCCAAGGUGGCUGAACUGCCGCAACUAGCGCAAGGUCUUGGCAAGAUAUUCUUCGCGCUUAUCAUAGACAAGGCCAACAUUUGUAAGGACACGGGAUGCUCUGAACAUCGCUCGUCUCGGUCGUCCGCAGAUUUGUCGCUCCACUCUGGUCGCUCCGUUCACCUCGUUGCUGCCUUGCCUAGGAGUAAAAGCCAGGAUAAAGGGUUGUCUGCUGUUGUGCAAAGGCGUGAACUGAAGCGCAGAAAGAAGAAGGCGCCAUCCCAGCUCGUAUCUUUUGACGAGGACCCGUCCAUCAACCCAGCCAGGUGUCACUCUUCUACUGAUGCUGGCUCCACUAAGUCUCAGGACAGUUUAGACCGACACGAGUCCCCCUUGUGGGUGCAGUCCGCCCCCACGACGUGCCUGAACAGCCCCGCGCUGUCGGGGGGCUCGGCGACCCCCUACGCCGACACCAUCGACCAGCUCAUGGCCUGCAGCGACGACGCCUUCUCGCACCCCGCCGGCCUGGACGUUGCGCUGGAUGCUGCUGCGCUGCUCGAGGAAACUAGUGGUGUCGUUAGUUGCACUGAGUCUGUUGCUGGUGUUACUAGUAGCAAUGAGUCUGCUGCUGGUGUCACUAGUAGUACUAAAUCUGCUCCUGGUGUUGCUAGCAGCAGAGAGUUUGCUGCUGGUGUCAGUAGCAGAGUGAAGACUGCUGCAGAAUCUAAUUUCAGUGUUACUUGCACCACCAAGUUUGCCGCUGAGUCUGAUGCUGGUGUCACUAGGAGCAAUGAGUCUGCUGCUGAUGUUACUAGCAUCAGAAAAGAUGUGGGUGAAGUGGACAACCAAAAGAAAAGUCCAAGUGGAGAUGGCAACUGUGAUGGAAAGGUUGAUAAAGAUGGCAACUGUGAUGGAAAGGUUGAUAAAGAUGGCAACUAUGAUAGAAAGGUUGAUAAAGAUGGCAAAUGUGAUGGAAAGGCUGAUAAAGAUGCCGACUGUAAUUUUAAUUCGAAGCAAAGCGCGAUUAAAUGUGUGGAUUUGGAAAAAAUCCUUUGUGCCCCUGUGUUUAGGUGUGAAAACUCUGGUGAAUCUCAAGUAAACUUAAGUAUAUUUCCUAAACAUGAGCGUGUGGCUGUAAGUUCUGCAAGUAUUCAGAGUAGUGAAAAUUGUAUACAAAAUCUUGAGUCACCUGCUGUACUAGAAGUCGCAGGUUGUAAAAACUCUUUGGAUCACGUAGUAUCAAAUUUACCUGUCGAUGACCAUUCAUCAACUUUAAAGUCAGGUAGCAAACUCUUUAAUUGUUCGCACCCUAGACAAGAGAUGGACGAAUCGCCAAUCCAAACUUGCGAUGAUCUAUCUCCGGAAUCCAAACAAACAUCUUGUACGAAUUUAUCCGACAUCUCCUCCACCUCUUCACUAUCAAGAAAGUCUCCUAAUCAAUUGAAUUACUGUACAACGUUUGGUCUUACAAACGAUAAUCAGCGCGGCAAUUCAAGUGGAGCCAAAUGUGACAGCCGCUUGUCAGAACUCCAUAAUGAAGACAUGAAUGUGAAUUGUGCAGAGAAUUCAUUUUUAACGAGUUCUAGUAAUUCCCGUGCAUCUGUGAGGCCUGAUAUUUUAAAUGUGAUUCAUGGCGAAGAUACUAGCCAUGGUCCGCGUGACCGCAGUACCACUGUAGAAAAACAACAUUUUAAUAAAACUGCAUUUCUUGGCCAACCUUGGUCCGAACGUAGUUCUGUGAAGCCCACAUGCGAAGACGAUUCUGGCACAAAUCGUGCUUCUAACGACCGAAUGAUUUCCAACGAACGCGUUUGCCUUUAUUCAGUCCCAACCUCAGCCUUGUCAUAUCCUCCCAAACUGCUGGAAUCUUCUCAAAUUUGUGCCACUGUAAAUAAUACCUGUGGCGUUGAUACAUCCACUGAUCCCAUGUCGCGAUCUUACGUUAAGUCCAUAAGCCAGGAUUCAGAGAGAGGUGGGGGCUGUUACAACGACGUUCUAGAAGAACUGCUCAACGCAUAUUGCCCAGCGCCUCCUUAUUCCUCUCAGCCUUUUAGUUCAAUACCAAAGGCACGGGAUGGUUAUUCUGCUCAGAUUCUACCUACUACUGACGAUGUUUACUAUUCAUCGGAUCGAUCUCUUCAACGUAAUUUAGAAACAUUUUAUCCGUCUGUAGAUAUAUUAUUAGAUAAUCGUGGCUUACCUUCAGUCGGUGUUACUCGGGAUUCGUCUCAGUCAAUGUCCGGAGUAGAUUUAGGCUGCAGAGCAACGAAAUCCAAUCCAGAUUCAUCAAUCACAAUGAGUGUAUCUGGACCAAAUCAUUUACUGUCCAAAAGAAAUGAUCUUUCUACAAUAGAAACACCUCAAAAAACUCUUUGUAUAAACUCCCACACUUCAACGGAGUCUUGUAACCAUCGUUUGGAGCACACAAGUGUGAAAAAUAGCGAGAAUGAAUCAUGUUUGCAUGGUGAAAUCCGUGUAGGUUUAGAGACUUUUCCUACGGCCUCUGAAGAGGAGCAAGAGGAACAUGACCUCAGCAGCUCUCAUCAUCCAAAUGUAACGUCAACAUCAAUUUCACGUGCAUCUUCUACAGCAAUAAAUGCGUUUAAAACGUCGAUUGAUGCAGCCAAACCAGCUGAAGAAUCGUCACUCCAAACUUCAAUAUCAGUUACGUCAAACUCGACAGUCCCUUUAAUAGCCAAGGGCUCGAAUAUCCCUGUUCAGUUGUCAAGAAAUAGAACAAUUUCUCCUAAUACAGCUACUAUACUUGACCAGUCGUCAAAUACUACACAAGUUUUGCCUUUUUCGUCGAGCAAAAUAACGAUCAAGUCAAGCUCGUCAAGCGUUCCCUCGUCAACAGCAGAUCGCUCAUCCCUCGGCACCAGAAAAACUCAUAAUAAUUGUAACCGCAGUGAAGGAAGCAGCAGCGACUUGGACUUGGGGUCGCAUAAGUCAAGCUUGUCCAACUUGUCGGAUGGCAGUGCUUUUUCCAGCGAUGCCGAGGCUUCAAAAUCUGAGCUAUUAAACAAACGCGUGACUGCUUCCGCUAGCGCUGCUGCAGAGCCUCCGUUGGCGACAGUCGAAAGUGUUUCUGCUGUCGUCACUACUUCUAGCUUCUCCACGUUGUCAAUAGAAGAGCUUCGCACCGCUAUACUUGACUUAAGCCAGCGUCGUGAAGCGUGUGAGAAGCGGAGGCGAAGCGCUGAAGAGCGCGCUGAAGCUGCUGAAGCUGAGAGCGAGGAGCUCAAGAAAGAACUCAGUGAAAUGAAGAGCAAGGCUGAAGCUUGCUCUCUAGAAGCGACUCUCAGAGAAGAGGCUCUCAAGAGAGAGAACGGCUUACUGAGGAAGCAACUGGGCAAAUAUAUCAGCGCCGUACAGUUGCUGAAGCGCAAGCCUGAUGACGACACUGCAGCUAAUACAACUGUAGCAGAUGUUGCAAAUGUAGCAGCUGGUACAAGUGUAGCGGCUGGCACAUAUGUAGCAGCUGGUGCAAGUGUAGCAGAUGAACUAGUUGUGGGUGCAGAGCUGCGACCACAGCUAGCGCUGCCACCACCACCCAAGUAUCGGGACUACCAUGCAGAAGCUGAGGCCUACGAGAACAAACUUAUCCAGGUUGCUGAGAUGCAUGGCGAACUCUUUGAAUUCAGUGAACGACUGCAGAAGAUAAUUCGAGUUCGCGAAGCACAGAUCGCCUCGCUGCGGCGCGAGCUUGUCUCUCUCAGAGGCCCCUUACCGGACCACCCGUCUCUGGAGGCGCACCUACAAGGCCCCUUACCGGACCACCCGUCUCUGGAUGUGUAUCAGGUGAGUUCUGAUCAGCACCACGUGUAUCAGGUGAGUUCUGAUCAGCACCACGUGUAUCAGGUGAGUUCUGAUCAGCACCGCGUGUAUCAGGUGAGUUCUGACCAGCACCAUGUGUAUCAGGUUUAUGUGCGGAUUGUGGACGACGAGUGGACAAUUUACCGCCGCUUCGCGCACUUCCACGAACUGCAGCGUCGCCUGCAGAAGACCUACCCUGCAGUGAGGAGGAUACCUUUCCCCAGCAGGAAACCCUUCGGCUACAAGGAUGACAGCGUAGUGUCAGCUCGGCGCAGUCAGCUACAGGAGUUCCUACGACGCGUUGUCAACCUGUUGCUGACAUGUUGCCCGCAGCUGGCAGCCUCCCCUGACAAGACCACGCUCACCGCCCUCCUGCCUUUCCUUGCAGAGAACAUCACCAACAACGUCACCGCCACAUCCCGCCCCUUACAGCCGCAGUACAGCGGCCUCUGAUGACGUCACUUGCAGCUGUAACGUCGCUUGCAGCUGUAACGUCACUUGCAGCUGUAACGUCACUUGCAGCUGUAACGUCACUUGCAGCUGUAACGUUACUUGCAGCUGUAACUUAUUUAUCUUCAUUUAGACUUCUACUGGAGGGAGGAAUUCCUAGACCAAACCACGGAAUCACACUGAAUUAUUCGUUUUUUAAUCAAGAUCUCUCAUUUUUGCUGAAUAAUUGUACCUCAUUCAUAUUUGUACAUUAUUAUCGAUAUUUGUAUGUGUAAUGGCCUUUUUCAACUUCUUAAUUCAUUUUAUUUUAUUUUUCCAAUUAAUUUAAUUGAUUUGUUUUUAACUCACUUCGCCUGUCUCUCCAAUUUUAAUUCUUCCCUCUUUCUAAACUCCACCAAACUGUUGGCUCGUCAAUAGCAUUCAAUAAAAUUGCUUUACCUCUUGAAUGACAAAUUCCGGCUUUUUAGCGCAUUUUCUCAUUUAUGGAAAAAAGGCGCUAUUGUGCUCGUC